AUGCGUAUUUCGAGAGGAAUUGGAGCAAUCCUCCUGGCUUCAGAGGCCGCAGCUGCCUUGUAUCCGAAUAAGGGAAAGACAGAUACCAUGAAAACGAUGGUAGCAUGUAAGUACACAGUGGGGACGGAGCAGAAGCCGCUUUUUUCGGACGAUUUUUCAGAGUUGUGCCUGGACAGCGCCUACAUGGAAGCCUUUCUGAACUGUGCUACGGUAGAGAUCGGGAAACUUCCUCAUGGUGACAUGCAGGAACUUUCCGCAACAAUUGAGAAAACCUGUCAGCGACCGCUAGCGAAAUACCCAACCUUGAAGACUGGAAACUACUCUACAUCACUCUUCCUAAUCACAUAUAAAUCAUAUGAUGCCAAGGUGCACCACGACACCGUUAGUGUUUGGGUAGGUACUGCAUUGCUGGUGUACUGGAUAUCGAUCGUUGGGCUUGGGACAAUCUACAACCUUCUGAAUAAACUGGCUCCCAGACAGCUGGUAUCGCUAAAGAAGACAACGAACAAUAUAAUCUUUAGAAAGUGUCGCCAGGCACUUACAGUCCCAGCUUUAUAUGGUGUGCGGCAUGCAGAACACAAUAAAUGGGGAGAAAUAAUUCCCACCAGAUUGGAGUCGUUCAUUCUGGCAGGUUUGGUGAUUUUGGUAGUGCUGGGAGCAGCUCUUGGGUAUAGGUCUGUUCCUGGCAAUGUGGCCUACGCUAGCAGAACCGGUGAAAUGUUGGCAGCAGUUGGACACCGGGCUUCUACUAUACUGAUUUAUCUGGUUCCGUUUACCUUCUUGUUUGGUACUCGCAACAAUGUGCUCUUGUGGCUAACUGGAUGGAAGCAGUCCACCUUCUAUGCUUUUCAUAAAAACAUGGGAAACAUACUUAUCCUUCUGGCUCUGACCCACUUCGUUGGCAUGUAUGAAUAUCUUAGACGCGAAGAGAGAAUACCAUCCGUUAAAGGGGAACGUUUCUACAAGUUUGGGAUCACCCUUGUUGUCUUAAUAUUUGUGUUCUUUUUCCAGACCUUGGGCUGGUUCCGCCGUCGGUCCUACAAGCUCUUCGUGGUGUUUCAUAUUAUCUUGGCCGCGGGUUUCCUUGGUAGUCUAUGGCGCCAUACUAAAUCUUCACACUUCCUUGUGUUUUGCAAAGCUACCGUUGGUUUGUGGGGGGUCGAUCGGAUUAUCACGAUUAUCAGAUUAGCCUCUUUCGGUGUUCGUAAUGCCACGAUAAAAAUUGUAUCUGAUGAAGUUAUCAGCCUGGUUGUCCAAAAUAAAUCAUGGUGGUCAGCCUUUCCGGGGGCGUACGGUUAUGUCUAUUUCCUGACUCCUUCACUCUUUUUGCAAUCGCAUCCUUUCACAUUUGUCAAUGAUAAUGAUGGGUAUCUGCAUUUUUAUAUCAAGAUAAAGGAAGGCUCGACCAAAGUAUUAUACAACCGUUUAUUGAAGUGUGAAAAUCAGGAAGAUGUACUAAAAAUUAGUGUCGCAGGUCCCUUUGGAACCUAUAAUCCGCUGGAUAUCUAUGACACUGUACUACUUUACACUAGUGGGAACGGAAUUCCAGGACCUUUUGCUUAUUGUAAGCACUUAGCAACAAACGCUAACGAAAAAUCCCAAUUCAUUAAAUUAUACUGGGUUAUUAGAAAUUGGAAUUCAUUGGAUUGGUUUUACGAGGAACUAAAAGAGCUGGCCGCCUUCUCAAAUGUAGCUGUUGUGGUCUACGUCACGAGGUACUCUGAAGCUAAGAUUGGCUAUAAACAUAUACCUGAGGAUGCUUCCUCCGCCACAGAUAGAAAAGCUGCUUCGGCGGGGCAGGUGAGGGUCGCAUCUUUUGAAGAAAUUGUGCAAGUGCAAGACGCUUUACCUCACGUGGAGUUUAGAGAAGGUAGACCAGAUAUUCCUCAUCUUGUCGGGACGGACUUGGAAGAAGCUUCACAAGGUUCCACCGCCAUUAUGACAUGUGCGCAUCCUGCAAUGUGCGACACUAUCCGUGCGGAGGUUGCGAAGGCGGUUGGAAGCAAGUCAAAUAGGACGAUUGACUUUUUCGAAGAGUUACAAGGUUGGUAG